AUGUCGUCGUCGUCGUCGAGCCGGAGGAGGAGGAGGUCGCGGCUGUCGUCGCCGGCGGCAGGCGGUGCCGCCGCGCCGGUCCAGGAGCAAGUAGUGGUGGCGGCGGCCGACGACGAGCUUGUCUCGAGGCUGCGUGCCCUCCUCCCUCCCGAGGCGGCCGCCGCCAAUAAUGGCAAAGCCAAAGCGUCGUCGUCGUCGUCGAGGGCUCGGGUGCUCCGGGAGGCCUGCGUCUACAUCCGGAGGCUCCACGCCGAGCUCGACGCCGCCGCCGAGCAUCUCGCGCGGCUGCUGGACGACGACUACCCGUCGGCGGCCGCCGCAGCCGCCGUCGUCGUCGUCGACGGCGCCAACGUUAACGGCGCCGGCGCGGAUGAUGAUGAGCUCAUCCGCAGCCUGCUGAUGUGAAGCUAUAGUGAGCCGAACGUUUGUGCACCGUGCACGUACGUCACGCGACUAUAUAAUCAUAUUUAUAUAUAUACUAGCAAAAAUGCCCGUGCGUUGCAACGGGAGAAAA